ACAAAAGGUCUGGAGCGAGGCUAAAAAUUUGAGCAAUCCAAUUCCUGCUAGCCUCCCACGCAGACGUUCUUAAGGGUUCGUGACACGUGACAAAACCCUAAGAACGUCUUUGCGGGAGGGUAAAGUCCUGAUCACCAACAAGGAAAUCAAGCUCUCAUAGACGCUGAAAUUACAUCAAGAUUGAGUCCAUCGAUGCGAUGCUGAAGAUAAAAAGAUAGGAGAUGAAUCACCCUUCAAGGUUUGUUAAACUCAACGUUGGCGGUCAGUACUUCACAACAAAUGUGGAGACGCUGAGAAAAGAUCCCAACUCGUUGUUAGCCUCCAUGUUUCCUAGGAAAGCGCAUGCUGUUUUGAUAGCUUCUCAAGACGGUUCGAUCAUUAUUGACCGCGAUGGAACUUACUUCCGGUUUAUACUAAAUUAUCUUCGUAAUGGAGAACUUAUCUUGCCUGAUGGUGCUACAUUCCUAAAGGAACUCAAAGCAGAAGCUAAGUUUUACCAAAUUCAAGGGUUAUUGGAUGAACUGUCGAAGCCUAAAGAACCAAAAGAGUUCGUUGAUUCGUUGAUUUUGACAAAUGAAGAGCAUCGAGUCUUGAAAGGUUGGUUGCCUAUGGCUCUGGUGGGCAAAUGGCGUUUGCUGUUUCGAGCUUCACGAGAUGGCUUUGUUCCUUCAGCAUUUCAUUCCAAAUGCGACAACAAAGGGCCUACAAUCACUGUUGUAAAAAGUGGUGGAAACAUUUUUGGAGGCUUUACAGAGAACGCUUGGACAAGUAAGUUAAAAAAAAACUCACUCCUGAUGAAUGGUUGAGAACUUUAAUUCAAAUUUUAUGCAUGUCGCAUACCCUGUGCAGACAUUUGUGCAUUAAUCCCCCUGUUAAUCACCCUUGUUAAUUUCCUUCCUUAUUUUUAAAUUAUUAUUUCCUUUUUAUUCUGAAGGCUUACACACUGCUCAUUUGGGUACCUAAGCCAUUGACUCGAACUAAUAAACACCGCCGUGGCUAUAACCGGUCCGCAAGGUUUCAAAACACUAAAUGACCGGCAGUCGUAUAUUCUCCGUAAAUUUCGCAAAUCGCAAAAAAAUCCAGCUGAACCAAACUAUCAUAUGUCGAUUAAGAAAAGUCAAGCUAUCCUGAAAUGCUUUAUAGAUCUCAAGUCUAGCGUUUGGUUUACCCUGGGCUCAGGUUUUGAAAAUCUUGAAUUUUCCCGUUACCGGUCGUAUAGCCACAGCGAAUAUAGCCACUGCGAAAAAACACCAGUGCAUAGGAUCGAUUUAAUUGAACUAGGAUAAAAGCAGGAUAUAAGUAACUCCUUUAUAGCUGGCUUUAACUAUUUCUACGUUUCUUACUCAAGGGGAAAACGUUUCGGUAGAAUUAAAAGAAGAUAUUGUCGAUGGCCUCAGACAGAAAUUUCUUAUUCUAUGCAAAGGAGCAGGUCUGGUAUUAGUUAUCUGCGUGGGCAACCAAGCUAAAUAUAGGUUCAGGAACAAUGAAGUGUAAUGGGGCAGAAAAUGUUUGAAAGGUUUACAUUUAAAGAACUUUGAAAUUUAAAUGUGAAAAUGACUGUUUAACACAUAAUGUCUGAAUAUAUAUGUCAGGUAUAAUCACUGUUAUUCACAGGUCCUACUGAUGGUAAAACAGAGGUGUCAUGUCGUCAUGCCUUCCUGUUCACCUUGGUAAACCCAAGUGGCCUGGGACCGACCAAACUGUCGCUCAUCUCUAGGAAGGAAGAGCAAGGCAUCCUUUGUAACAGCAAAUGUGGACCAGUGUUUGGUAAUCGGAUUGGUUGUCAUGACCUAUGUAUAACAGAUGCUGGUAGUUACGGUAGCAGCAACCUCGGCAAUGCCUAUCAGUGCCCACCAGGACAAAAGAGCACGCUCUUCACAGGUGAAGAGAGAUUCCGUGUUGCAGAUUACGAGGUGUUUGGACUCUGCCAGUGACAACUACCAAGCAGGUGAAAUAAACUCUUACAGCUAAAACACUGGAUACUUUAUCUAAAUGUUAUAACAAAGGUAUUUAAUGCGUCAUUAGGGGUGCUAGGUACUCAGGAGAAAUGUGUUUCUUCAGGCUCCUGGUUUCUUUGAUAUUGCUCUGCCGCUUUAAUUUAAGAGAGGUGCAAAGAGGAGCCAAAUCAGAGCCGUAAAUUAACUUGGCUUAUCUCUUUUUAAAUAGGAGCUGAUUUAAGAAUAUUUAAAGUUUCUCAGAGAGAAAUAUUUACCUUGACUUGUCUCCCAGAGUGCGACGUUUUGCAGUAAAAACCUCAACAAUCUAGCGUUUAUUCACUGUAAUUUUCAGGGAGUUAUAAUAGCUCCUCUAGUGGGGCUAAUUUAACUCCUGACAGUGGAGUUAUUUUUCGUGGAGUUAUUUUAACUCCAAAAAGUAGUUUAAAGAACUCUUUUUCAGGAGUAAAAGUGACCCCAGAUAUUGAGGAGUUAAAAUAACCCCCAAAAAGGAGUUAUCCUGUACCUAAAAUUUUUACUCCACUUUCAGAGUUAAAUUAACUCCAAAAAGAGUAAAAACAACCCAUGUAAGGAGUACAAGUAACCCCAUUUCGGAGUAAUUUUAACUCCAGACUGGGAGUAAAAAGAACUCUUUUUCAGGAGUAAAAAUGACCCCAAAUUCGGAGUUAAAUUAGGAGUUAAAAUAACCCCAAAAAAGGGGUUAUCCUGUACCUAAAAUUUUUACUCCAUUUUUGGAGUUAUAAUAACUCCCUAAAAAUUACGGUGUUCCCAUUACUUCUUGAAAGCGUUGACUCUCUUCAUGAAGAAGACUCUCGGGACGUUUUACCAUGUCACUGCAGGCGCUGUGUUUUGUUGUCGUUGUUAAACUGAAAAAGAAAUAAAGGUGAAUGUGUCAGUUGUUUGGUUCGAGAUGGGACUGCAUCCUGAGAUGCUCUAAAAAGAGCCUUUUCAUCCGCCUUUCGUUUGGCUUUGCGACCGACUGAGUGGACUUAAAAAGGCCGCGCAUCAUUUUGUUACUGACUCACGGUCUUGUAUGUUUCUUUCCAGCUCUACAAGGCCAGUAUAAAAGAAAUGAUAACUGAAAACUCCAUUUACCGAAUACCUUAUGAGUACAUCCUAUAUGCUCAUCUCUGAUUCAGUUAGUUUCAGACACGAUGCCAUUCUUCCUGAAAAUGGAUGUAAUACAGUGUCCUUCAUUAACCUCAUAAAGUCUGUUAAAUUAUGCUUAACGGUUAAUUUGCGCAUUCUCGCUGCAAGGUUGGUAGGGGCUUGUUUGACUUUUCUAAAUAUUUGUCUUCUUUUUAAUUGCAGAUGAACUUCAGUUCAUCAGUGUACAUGAGCACGAAAGUAGCGGUGGAUUCAUGUAAGAACCACUCUCAACAUUUUCUUUUACUGGCACAUGGUGCCUUUGAUUGUUAGUAUGGUGACGAUCUAGACUGAAUAUUAAACUGCGAUCCAGUGGUUUAUUAGAAUUUAGAACUGAUCAUAUGAUAAUCUAGUUUUGUAAGUCAAUUGUUGGUUUUCACAUGACGUCACUAAAAUUCAAACUAAAAAACUAUCGAUCCUACCGGGAUUUUACUUUCACGAUGCAUUAGAGCAGCUGAAAACUAAUUUUCAUAGAAAUUUUCGCUUCAAAAGGGUUCUUGGUUUUGUGAUAGAGUACGCUUGAAUUUCUAAGCUUUUGCGUGACGCGGCAUUUACAUGACGACCAAGAGAGCUGUCAUGUAGGUUAAAAAAAUGACUUAUUUCAGGAAAUUUUGCUAUUUAAACAGUUCAUGUAUUAGAAAAAGUAUUACUUUAAUGUUUAUGAGUUUCUCGAAGAAUAAAUUCACGCUUUUCUAGCAAACUCGGCAACAGAUGUUUCUGUUGGUUUCCGUCCGCCAUGUUGGAGCUCAUCCAGGCGAGCACCAGCAUGGCGUAAACAAAAAAAUCUCUAUAAGUAAAACAUUUCUUCGGAUAUCUCGUAUACGAAAUAUUCCUCUGACCUGAAUCUUGGCAAGGGUCUUUGUAUAUGUACGUACCUCCUUUCAUUUCCUAGAUUCUGGACUUUAUCUAUUGAACGGUUUUGAUUUUUAUUUUGAUCUAUUUUGAAUGGUGUGACACUGAAAACCAGCAAUGGUACCUGUAUGAUCUAGCCACCUGUAAAGAAAAAAGGAAGAAAGAGGAAACUAAGUGACGGUCGGUUAUAGCCACUGAAAUGACCUAAAGUGAGAGCACAACACGUGGUAAACCUAUUUAAACACAACCCAACAAUAAGCGUGAUGAACACGCCUGAAUGCAGUACGCAUUACGUAACCUCCAUUCGCACGCAUAAUUCCCAACGCACCGAGCAUAAAUACAUUUAUAAGACAGUUUACGGUAUUCAAGCGUCUGAUCCAUGAUCCCUUAAGUUUCGUCACCAGACACUGCUGCCACGCAGGCUAAGCAGACUGAAAGCCGAGAAUUUAUCUUAGAUCCAAGAAAUCCUUUAACAAACAAAGGUGAUCCAGCAUGUUGACCCCACAUGUUGUUACUGCUGAGGGUGUCUGAAUGCCUGCACAUGCUUUUUAUUCAGAAUAAAGGGAGAUGAAAGAAAUGCUUAACGUAAGUUCUUUAUUCUCUGAAAAAUUUUGUUGAGGUCUCUUUAUUUUAACUUGUACUGCUCUUUGACACCUUUUUUCACGUCUGUCCUAAAGUUUCUUCUUUGAAUGAUAACGAGCUCAUCUGAUCAGACGCUUGAAUACCGUGAACUGUCGCUUAUGAGUCCUGGGCUUAUACAUCUUUGUAAGCGGUUUUAGUAUAUCUUAAGAGGGUUUAUAAACGAAGGGGCUUAUCUACGAGAGAUUCCGAGGGGGGCUUAUAAUCAGACUAGGAGAAAAAGCGUUUCGAAACAAGCUAUUGCAGUGCUGAUCGAAAUACCUUUUGCAUUUCAGUACUGGUUUUUAAUAAGCUUCAAAAAGUCAGGAUAAAUCGAAUUAAUUCCAACACAUUUGAAGGGGGCCUAUAUCCUAAGGAGCUUACAAUCGAAUACCGUAAAAUUCCGAAAAUAAGCCCCGGGGCUUACAUUUUUUUAAAGGCCUUUUUUGAGGGGCUUACAUUCGGGGGUCCUUAUCUACGAAGGGAAAUUUGCGUUUCAAAAUCGAUUGGGCUAGCUUAUAGUUGGAAGGAAUUUACCGUUUUUGCUUUGUUUUACUUGGUAUUUGAGGCCAAUUUCCAAGUACAAGCCCCCGGAGGACUUAUAUUUGAAACGAAGGGUUUUUUGUGUUAAGAGUUUGGGAGGCUUAUAUUUGGAGGGGCUUAUACAUGGAGGGGCUUAUUUUCGGAAUUUUACGGUAUAUUUUUUGUUUACAGGCAGAUGGGUCUGGAGCUACUAAAUAGGCGUCGACAGACAGUGUGCUCGUAAAAGUAGCAUAAUAUGCUGCUAGUAGUGCUCGUACAUUUCUAGAAUUAUGCCAAUAAUUACGCUAGUUUUUGUAAAUUUAUAGCAACCUGCAAAAUGAUGCAGCAGUGCAACCAGUACUUGAAGGUAGUAACCAAGCCUGUGAAUCUGUUAAAUCUUUAAUAAAACGCGAAAACUUCUCAAAACUGUUAUGAAAAUAUUAGCCUGUUCCAGGCUCCGAGAUGGUGUUGGAAAGUCGUUCAGUAAAAAGAAAUGCGAAAAACGCGCGGUGGCUGGGGAGAGACAGGGCGCCACCGCCCCCUUUCCCAAGUCGUGCGCGUCUUAUUUUCGCUUUGCUCGUCUUAAUACGUUCCCACUAUACUAUCUGAGAGCCUGGCAC